UCCAGCUCCACGCCCUAACCCUACCCGCAUUCCCCUCUCCGCCGCUGCUGCCGCUCCCGUCGGCUCGCCGGCGUCGAUCUCCCGCUCCCCGAUUCUGCCCCUGAUUCGGAGUUCCUCACUUUGUUCGCGCUCCCAUUUCCGGCGAAAAUUUGAGCUUCCGGUGAGCACUGCAGCUAUGGAACAUGAUGAGCGUGACAGUGACGACGAUGUGCCGCCCGGGCUGGAUUCUGAUGGAGAUGCAUCCAGGUUCAAGAAGAAGAGGUCCAAGGUGUGGGAAGAGUACACGCCUAUAUAUAUAAACGGAGUGAUCCAGAGCGCAGAAUGCCGCUACUGCCGUACGCUCAUGAGUUGCAAAGGUGCUGAGGGACGCUCCAACGGAACGAGCCAUUUGUGGCGACAUCAUAAAAACUGUCGAGCAAAAGGAGGAGUUGAUCCGAGCGAGCUGCAAGAUACAGACUUUCCAUAUGUAGGUGUGAAUGACAUUGAUCCGGUGAACAUGGUUCUUCCAGAGUCACUUGAUGACAUAAACUUGGUAAAUAUUAGUGAGAACAGCAGAUACAGAUCAAAGGUAUGGAUGGACUUCACGCCUGUCUAUGUUGAGGGGAGAAUCCAGGGUGCUGACUGUGUCCAUUGCCACAAGAGAUUUAGUGCAGAAGGUAGAAGUCAUUUGAACCGACACACCCAGUCUUGCUCAGCACGGGUUGGAACUAGUGCAAAUCAUCAGGACAGUUGGUUUUUUGCAUCCAGUGUACAAUCUAGGGUGAAGGAUGAACUUUCACCUGCCUUGACAAAUGGUAAGGUUCAAAUUGCGGAAUAUGCUAGCCGGCUCCUCAAGGGUAAUACUUCUGGUCAUAGAAACCAUCAGAAUCAGCACAUUCUAGCUUUACCAGCAGACUGCAUGACCCCAACAGAACCAAGUAACUUGUCUGCUCACACCAGGAAACUGGAUCAAGAAGCAUCUUACCAAGAUCUAACUAGGAUGAUAGUAAUGCAUGGUUAUCCCCUGUCAAUUGUGGAGCAUGAAGAAAUGAAAAGAUUUGCGAAGGGCCUCAAUCCUAUGUUUAACAUGGCUUCAAGCCUAGAUAUGGAAGAAUAUUCAACCCUUCUGUUUCAGAAAGAAAAGUCUGACCUCAAGGAGAAAAUUGCACUUUCGUCACAGCGAGUUUCGUUAUCAGCAAGUGUGUGGUUUCCUCACGGAGCUGAGCCCACCAUGAAGUACCUAUGUUUGACAGCGCAUUUUAUUGAUGCUGACUGGAAGCUUCAAAGGAGAAUAAUCAAGUUCGGUGUAUUUUGGUCCUCACCUUCUAAUUUGGAAAGGAUUAUACACUAUAAGGAAGCAUGUGUGCUAGAGUGUGAGAUUGGGGCAUCUAAUGUCAUAUGUGAAGCUAUAAGAGAUUGGAAUCUUGACAGGAAGCUUUUCUGCUUGGCAUCUGUCAGCGAAAUAAGAAACGACGAAAGUAUCUUGAAGCUGAAGGACAUGCUCAUGCAGAGGAACUCUCUUCCUAUUAGAGGUCAGCUGUACAAUAUUGCUUGUGUUGAUGACGUCCUUAACAGCGUUAUUUUACAAGGGCAACAAAUGCUUUACCUUGUUGGUGAUCUGCUUGAGAGAUUUAUCCAAGCAUGCGUAUCUUCAUCGCUGACUCGGCAGCAACUUCUAGAAGUUGUUACUCAUGUUGGUUUGAAGUGCCCCCAUGAAGAUUCAAAAUGGUGGCACAAAAUUUACUUUAGACUCGAGGUACUUCUGCAUUACAAGAAGUCAUUUCCUUCUGAAGAAUUGGUGUCGCUGGAUGAAAUGAAAAUUGUUGAGCCUAUCUGCAAGAUUUUGAGGGUUUUUUAUCGAGUCAUUGAAGUAAUUUCUGGCUCUGUUUGCCUGACAGCAAAUAUAUACUUCCAUGAAGUAUGGAAAGUGAGGACUAUUUUGCAAGAAGAAGCAUCUACUGAACACACUGACGUUGCUAGCAUGGUUAGAGAGAUGCAGGAGGCAUUCAAUGAAUAUUGGCAAAACUCGUACUUGUGGUUGUCCGUGCCUGUUGUUCUUGAUCCAAGAUUCAAAAUUACUUUUAUUGAGUUCCGUCUUAAACGAGCUUUUGGCGCUGAUGCAGCUAAGUAUGUAAAUGAUGUAACUGAAAUAACAAGGGAAUUGUUUCAUGAAUAUUGCACCUCUAUGGAUCAGUCGAAUAUUCAGACCUCAAAUUGUCAAGCUCACGAUGUCGAAAUGUAUGGAUUUGACAGUGAUUCAUUGGAAGAUUGGGAUCAGCAUCUUACUGCACAGACAAGGAGUCAACUAUUGUCAGAGCUUGACAACUACCUUGAAGAUGGCCUUGUUCCACGGAAGGAUGAUUUUGAUAUUCUAAACUGGUGGAUGAGUCAUUCAUCAAAGUAUCCAACCCUCUCAAUUAUGGCGCAGGAUGUAUUAGCAAUGCCAUGUUCUGCUGUUCAUUGUGAUGCAGCAUUCAGCAGUCGGGGGCCGGUGAUUCAUAAGCAAUGGAGCACAUUAAACAUCAAGACAAUUGAAGCACUUGUGUGUACCCGGGAUUGGAUUAGAUAGGCUGGCUACAUGUUAUGCCACAGCACACUUUUUAUUGGAUGAAGGCUACAAUUCGUACAUACCCGUCACUCUAACAUAGGAUGCUAUUGGCUAAGCUGACUUAGCUAUUAUUGUUCCACACAUGUUCUCGCAGCGACCCUGCUAUGUCUCAGAUAUUUCUGCAUAUUCUUCACCCCAGAUUUUUGGUUUCUGGGUGUUAUUCUUCAGGUGUACAUGCUAUGUUGUUUUCUGUGUUUAGACCUAAGGAUCUUGCCCAGCUCUGUGUGUACCGUGCCAAUGGUUUGCACUGCUUUGACCUGACGAGGAGGAACACUCGUGUGAACUGUACAUGAAUCCAUCUGCUGUUUGAUUUACUAGUUACCAAUACUAGUAUGUUCU